AUGGCGUCAACUGCAUUCAGUCCAGCUUUGAGAGAUCAAGCUGCUUCAUUAAUAGGCCAAUAUCUUUUGCAAGGCUACCGCAUGUUAGCUGAACACUGUGGGGAAUGCACUACAGUACUGGUACAGAAGCAACGUAACAAGCCACUCUGUGUUUUAUGUGAAGAAUUGCUUCCUGAACGAAAAACACAAACACUUACAUCAACAACAGAUAUAUCAAAAACUGAUAAUGAAGAGCCAGAUAGUACAGCAUGUCACGGGGGGAACCCUCCAUCCCCAACCCCUCUUCCUGCUCUUCCUCCUCUGGUGAUAACUGAUGAUGAUGCUAAGGGACAUACCAGUAUUGAGGGUGUGCGUGAGAUUCUACUGAAGAAAAUGACAGUAGCUGCUCGUCAAUUAGAAACAAGUCAAUCAGUUGAGUAUAGUAGUCAUUUAUGUCAGCUGAUAAGAGAGUGUGCAAAUACAAUUAAAUCUCUUAAAGACAUUUAAUAGUCUAUGUAAUUGUUUCGUAUUUUGUAACAUAAUUUUUUUCAAAUGUA